AUGGCCCCUAAGCUGCUGCUCCUGCUCUGCCUGUUCUCGGGCUUGCACGCACGGUCCAGAAAGGUGGAAGAGGAUGAAUAUGAAGAUUCAUCAUCAAACCAAAAGUGGGUCUUGGCUCCAAAGUCCCAAGACACUGACGUGACUCUUAUUCUCAACAAGUUGUUAAGAGAAUAUGAUAAAAAACUGAGACCGGAUAUUGGAAUAAAACCGACCGUAAUUGACGUUGACAUUUAUGUUAACAGCAUUGGUCCUGUGUCAUCCAUAAACAUGGAAUAUCAAAUUGACAUAUUUUUUGCUCAGACCUGGACAGACAGUCGCCUUCGAUUCAACAGCACAAUGAAAAUACUUACUCUGAACAGCAACAUGGUGGGGUUAAUAUGGAUCCCAGAUACCAUCUUCCGCAACUCUAAGACUGCUGAGGCUCACUGGAUCACCACGCCCAACCAGCUCCUCAGAAUUUGGAAUGACGGAAAAAUCCUUUACACUUUAAGGCUCACCAUAAAUGCAGAGUGCCAGCUGCAGCUGCACAACUUCCCCAUGGAUGAGCACUCCUGCCCGCUGAUUUUCUCCAGCUAUGGCUACCCCAAAGAAGAAAUGAUUUAUAGAUGGAGAAAAAAUUCAGUGGAGGCAGCUGAUCAGAAGUCAUGGCGACUCUAUCAGUUUGACUUCAUGGGCCUCAGAAACACUACAGAAAUCGUGACAACUUCUGCAGGUGAUUAUGUUGUCAUGACCAUAUAUUUUGAAUUGAGUAGAAGAAUGGGCUACUUCACUAUUCAGACAUACAUUCCCUGUAUACUGACUGUGGUUUUAUCCUGGGUGUCAUUUUGGAUUAAAAAAGAUGCUACACCAGCAAGGACAGCAUUAGGAAUCACCACGGUCCUGACCAUGACCACACUCAGUACCAUAGCAAGGAAUUCCCUCCCAAGAGUGUCCUAUGUGACCGCCAUGGACCUCUUUGUGACUGUGUGCUUCUUAUUCGUCUUUGCUGCUUUGAUGGAGUAUGCCACCCUCAACUACUAUUCAAGCUGUAGGAAACCAAGCGCCACUAAGAAGAAAACAUCGUUACUACAUCCAGAUUCCUCAAGAUGGAUUCAUGAGCGAAUAAGCCUGCAAGCCCCUUCUAACUACUCUCUCCUCGACAUGAGGCCACCACCACCUACGAUGAUCACUUUAAACAAUUCCGUGUACUGGCAAGAAUUUGAGGAUACCUGUGUCUAUGAGUGUCUGGACGGCAAAGACUGUCAGAGCUUCUUCUGCUGCUAUGAAGAAUGUAAAUCAGGCUCUUGGAGAAAAGGACGUAUCCACAUAGACAUCUUGGAGCUGGACUCGUACUCCCGGGUCUUUUUCCCCACAUCAUUCCUGCUCUUUAACCUGGUCUAUUGGGUUGGAUACCUGUAUCUUUAA